AAUUUAACGACAAAAAUGAGGAAGGAAGUUGAAAGUUAUGUUGGCAGUUAGCACAAUAAAAGGUAAGAGGUUGACGUAGAAAACUAGCACACGUGAGCUGCUGCUGACAUGAAAAGUUAACACUAACAGCACCCAGCAACAGCCCCAAACCAGAAUCAAAAGCCAAACUAACCAACCAACUAAUCUGCAUUCAUUUCAUACACCCUCCCUUUCUCAUUCCUCUGUGCUAGCAUACCAAUUACCACAGACACUACCCAAUUCUGUUGUGUGCGCCAACCAUGGAGACGCCAAGUGCAUGCUGGGACAAGUGGGUCGGAGAGGCACUCGCGACCCUUCACUCUCUCAAAGUCCUUCGAUCUGUCAGACCCAUUUGCCUCCGCAAUAGCCAGCCUCUCCAAUUCGGGGUGGACGAUGGUGCGUUCCAAGUGUUCGAUGAAAUGCAGCAAUGGGACCGGUCUUCUGUCGAAGUGGAAAUUGCUGAAACCACGUUUAGUAGAUGGAUGCACGACACCCCAAGUUCUGGUGAUGAGAUUGUUUGUAGUGCAGCUGUUGGUGGUGAUGAAGCAGGGGCAUCUUAUGAGAAGUUUAAAAAAUUAAUUUUGUUUUCUGGGAAUGAUUAUCUUGGUCUGAGUUCCCAUCCAACUAUUGGAAAGGCUGCUGCAAAGGCUGCCCAAGAACAUGGUAUGGGACCAAGAGGUUCUGCUCUUAUUUGUGGAUAUACCAAUUAUCAUAGGCUAUUGGAGUCGAGCCUGGCAGAUUUGAAAAAGAAAGAGGAUUGCCUUCUUUGUCCCACAGGGUUUGCUGCUAAUAUGGCCUUGAUGACAGCAAUAGGAAGUAUCGGUACUCUCUUAGCUGGGAAUAGAAUACCUUCAGAGGAUGAAAAGAUUGCUGUCUUUUCUGAUGCAUUAAAUCAUGCAUCAAUAAUUGAUGGCAUUCGUCUUGCUGAGCGGCAAAAAAGUGUAAAGGUGUAUGUGUAUAGACAUUGUGACGUGUCCCACCUCAAUAUGCUAUUAUCUAAUUGCAGAAUGAGGAAGAAAGUUGUGGUGACUGACAGCUUGUUUAGCAUGGAUGGAGACUAUGCACCUAUGGUUGAGUUAGCGGACCUUCGCAAGAAGCAUGGCUUUUUGUUAGUCAUUGAUGAUGCUCAUGGAACAUUUGUUUGUGGCAAAAAUGGUGGUGGUGUAGCCGAGGAGUUCAACUGUGAGAAGGAUGUGGACAUAUGCAUUGGUACACUAAGUAAAGCUGCUGGUUGUCAUGGAGGAUUUAUAGCAUGCAGCAAAAAGUGGAAACUAUUAAUACAGUCAAGAGGUCGUUCGUUUAUAUUUUCAACUGCUGCACCUGUUCCAGUUGCUGCUGCUGCUCAUGCUGCGGUUAAAGUGGCAAAACAUGAGACAUGGCGUAGAGAGGCUAUUUGGAACCGGGUGAAAGACUUUCAUUUGCUUACUGGAAUCCCUGUUACAAGUCCCAUUAUUUCCCUAAUAGUAGGCACUGAAGACAAAGCACUUCAAGCAAGCCGGCAUUUAUUGCAAUCUGGCUUCCACGUGACAGCGAUCAGACCACCUACUGUGCCUCCUAACUCAUGCAGGCUGCGAGUGGCCCUAAGUGCAGUCCAUACUAGGGAAGAUCUGGAAAACCUUGCAGCUGCACUCUCACGUUGCAUCAAUUUCCAAGAUACCCGCAUAUAUGACUCCAAUGCCUAUGCAAGACUGUAGCUAGCUCUUGAUUCUUUCUGGAUGAAUUGAAUCAUCAAUGAUUUUGUGACUAUACAGGAAAUAAGUACACCCUUAGUUCCUCGUUAGCAAGUUCAAGUCAUUUACAUUCCGAAUAGAGUGGUAGCUUAUUCCCUCAUGUUAUAUCAAAAUGACAAGCUAUUUUGUCGACAUCUAGAUAAAUAUUGUUAAAUUACUUAAACAUUGAUAUGUGCAUGUAUUUAAUUUUGAUAAACUUUUAGUGUAAGCUCUCUCUUUUUAAACUACCAUUUAGCCUUGCAUCAUUAAUUAUUCAAUGAGUGUAUCAUGAAUACCACUAGUAUUGUAAGAGUAACUUCUUUUGUUUUCUUGUGUCAGCAUGUGAUUUCAAGACAGUGUAGAAAACUAUACACAUGUGGUGUGCUUGGGGGAGCUUUUCAGCUUUCCAAACACAGUUGUCUUGUAAAUUGGAUUUUGCCUUAUUUUUGGGUGUUUGGUUGUGAUAAAUGAAAAAUAUUCAAUAUGUAUA